GCUUAUCGAUUCUCUUAGUCUAACCCUAAUUAUUAUUAUUUUUUUUCUAUAGUCAUAGAAAAAGUAAUGUAUCUGUAUUCUGUAACUCUGUUGUCUGUUAGCAAGAACAUUUUUAGACCCUUUUGCUUGCUUCGCAUACUAGUAUUGCAAUUCUAAUGGAGGCAGUAGGAACAAUCUCUUCAUCGGCUUCUAGGGUUUUAAAAAACAAUCACAUAUUUUCUUUCUCCUCCAACAAAACUCCAUUGAAGUCCAACCUUUUUACUGCAAAGGGUUUAUCAUUCCCUUCUCUUCAAUCCUCUUCUCCAACCUCUACUCUCAGAAAGCCCUCCUCUUGUUCAGCCGCAGUCAGUAUCAAAAACAGUAGGAUUUCUACCUCUAAGGUGAAGGGGACACAUGAGAUUGAUUGUAAUGUGUUUGAGCUUUCAAGUUUAACAGCUUUAUCUCCCUUGGAUGGAAGAUACUGGAAUAAAGUUAAGGACUUGGCUCCUUUUAUGAGUGAAUAUGGUUUAAUUCGAUACCGUGUUCUUGUUGAGAUUGAAUGGUUGUUGAUGUUGUCUCAAAUUCCUGAGGUCAUUGAAGUACCCAGCUUUAGUGUCGAAACAAAGCAGUAUAUGCAUAGUUUAAUUGAUGAAUUUGGCAUAGCAGACGCUUUGGAAGUGAAAAAUAUUGAAAAAGUGACAAACCAUGAUGUAAAAGCUGUUGAGUACUUUUUGAAGCAAAAGUGCCAGUCCAAUCCAGAGAUUUGUAAGGUUUUGGAGUUUUUUCAUUUUUCUUGCACGUCUGAGGAUAUCAAUAAUCUUGCGCAUGCUUUAAUGCUCAAAGAAGCAUUGGACAAUGUCCUAUUUCCUGUCAUGGAUGAAGUUAUAGGAGCAUUAUGUAAAAUGGCUAAGGAAUAUGCACAUAUUCCCAUGCUUUCCCGCACUCAUGGACAGCCUGCUUCACCCACCACCUUGGGGAAGGAGAUGUCAAUAUUUGCCAUCAGACUAAGCAGGGAAAGGCAAAAACUUUCUCAAAUUGAGUUGCUGGGAAAGUUUGGUGGUGCUGUUGGGAACUACAAUGCUCAUAUUGUUGCAUAUCCUGAGAUCAAUUGGCCAAAGAUUGCUGAAGAAUUUGUGCUAUCUCUUGGUUUAACUUUCAAUCCGUACGUGACUCAAAUUGAACCUCAUGAUUAUAUGGCUAGUCUGUUCCAUGCUAUUAUCCAAUUCAACAAUAUCUUAACUGAUUUUGAUAGAGAUAUAUGGGGCUAUAUCUCGUUAGGUUAUUUUAAGCAGAUCACUAAGGCUGGUGAAAUUGGAUCAUCUACAAUGCCUCACAAAGUAAAUCCUAUUGAUUUUGAAAAUAGCGAAGGGAACCUUGGCAAAGCUAAUGCCGGUCUAUCUUAUCUAAGCAUGAAGUUGCCUGUCUCUCGCUGGCAGCGUGACUUGACUGAUUCAACAGUUCUGAGAAAUAUGGGCGAAGGAUUAGGGCAUUCUUUACUAGCCUACAGAAGUACUCUGCAGGGUAUCGGCAAACUUCAGGUAAACCAAGUCAGGUUGGAUGAAGACUUGGACCAUUCUUGGGAAGUACUCGCAGAACCUAUACAAACAGUCAUGCGAAGAUAUGGUGUCCCAGAGCCAUACGAAAAGUUAAAGGAGUUCACAAGAGGGAAAGCCGUAACUCAAGAAAGCAUGCGAGAGUUUGUUCAAGGGUUAGAUUUGCCCGAAAAUGCUAAGGCUAAUCUACUGAAGCUGACCCCACAUACAUACAUCGGAGCAGCAACCGAGUUGGCUAAGACUGUUGAUGCGGCCGUGAAUAUGGUGAAUGGAUUCCAGAAGGCUUAGAAUCUUCCGAUUGAAGAUUUUCUUCCCUCAAGUCGCAAUCCCGCAAUAAAUACUCCUUUUUGUACCAAAAAAUUUGCUAGGUGAAUUCUUCUAAGUUUUGACUAUAUCUGCAAAUUCUGUUAGGAAAAAUUCAAGAAAAUUUACACCCAAUUCAAGUUUCCGAUUAAUCUUAAUGGAAACCGGAGAAAACUUUCGUGUGAAAACGAGGACUGAAUUCAUGAUGUUAUUAACUUACAAGUUAUGGAUACAACUCUUAUUUACUACAAUAUUUUACAAAGAA